GGGACUUUCAUUAUUUUUAGGCUAUUGGACGGUAUUUCCUCCAUUGUCACCGGCCCCAAAUAGAAUCAUCAACCAAAACCCAGAGAGAGCAUUAGAAAAUUCCACCGGCAAUCUCGAGCGGCUCGAUGGAGAUCGGACUGGAGACAGAGGCCGCAUCGUCAUCCUCCUCCUUUGAGGUGCCUUCAAAGUGCAAUUCAACAUCUUCGGUGACUUCUUCGCCGGGUUCAAGGAGUUAUAAUAAUUAUAACAAUAGUAAUAAUAGUGAUAAGUCCGAUUUGCUGGAUGACGAUGAGGAGGGGGAUGUUUGCCGGAUCUGCCGGAACCCUGGCGAUACUGAUAGUCCGUUGCGAUAUCCUUGUGCCUGCAGUGGCAGCAUAAAGUUCGUUCACCAGGAUUGCUUACUUCAGUGGCUGAAUCACAGUAACGCCCGCCAAUGCGAGGUCUGCAAACAUCCAUUUUCGUUCUCUCCAGUUUAUGCUGAAAAUGCUCCUUCAAGACUUCCUUUUCGGGAAGUUAUUGUUGGGAUAGCUAUGAAUGUCUGCCAUGUUAUGCAGUUCUUUUUGCGCCUCAGUUUUGUACUCUCAGUUUGGCUUGUCAUUAUUCCUUUUAUUACCUUUUGGAUAUGGCGACUGACGUUCGUUAGAAGUUUGGCCGAAGCGCAAAGAUUAUUUUUGAGUCACUUAUCUACAACAGUCAUUCUGACCGAUUGUCUGCAUGGAUUUCUGCUCUCUGCAUGCAUUGUAUUCAUAUUUCUUGGGGCAACUUCUCUGAGAGAUUACUUUAGACAUUUACGAGAACUUGGAGGGCAGGAUGUCAACAGGGAAGAUGAAGGAGACAGGAAUGGAGCUCAUGUUGCAAGAAGGCAUGCUGCUCAAGUCAAUAGAAAUAUUGGUGGUGAUGGGAAUGACGAAGAUGCUGCUGGAGCACAAGGAAUUGCAGGAGCUGGCCAGAUAAUACACAGGAAUGCAGAAAAUGUUGCUGCUCAGUGGGAGUUGCAGGCUGCUCGUCUUGAGGCUCGUGUUGAACAGAUGUUUGAUGGCUUGGAUGAUGCUGAUGGUGCAGAAGAUGUACCUUUUGAUGAACUGGUUGGCAUGAAUGGACCUGUAUUCCAUUUGGUUGAAAAUGCAUUCACAGUUCUAGCAAGCAAUAUGUUUUUCCUUGGAGUUGUGAUCUUUGUGCCUUUCUCAUUAGGACGUGUUGUACUCUAUUAUUUAUCCUGGCUUUUGUCCUUUGCCACUGGUCCUGUAUUAUCGUCUGUCUUGCUACUUACGGAAUCAGCCCUUUCCUUAGCGAUCGUCACACUGAAGAAUGCAUUAAAUGCAGUGGUGAAUUUGACAUCUGAUAACCAAGAAGAUGGGUUGCUUGGGCAGGUCGAGAUGUUAAUAGUAAAUGUAACAGGAAACAAUGAAGUAUUUGCCAACCUAAGCUCAAAUAUUGCAAAUGACCUCUUGAAAGUGCAAUCUUACGGAUUAUCACGGUUUUCUGAUGUUACUACUCUCGCUGCUGGCUACAUGUUCAUAUUCUCACUGAUUAUUUUCUAUGUUGGAAUUGUUGCUUUAAUUCGGUAUACUAGAGGAGAGCCUUUGACCAUGGGAAGGUUCUAUGGCAUUGCUUCAAUUGCUGAAACUAUUCCAUCACUCUUCAGGCAGUUUGCUGCAGCAAUGAGACAUUUAAUGACUGCAGUUAAGGUUGUUUUCCUUCUGUUCAUUGAACUUGGGGUUUUCCCUUUGACGUGCGGAUUGUGGCUGGAUGUUUGUACUCUAAGGAUGUUUGGAAAGACAAUUUCACAUAGAGUUGAAUUCUUCUCAGUCUCGCCACUGGCAAGUUUCUUGAUUCAUUGGGUUGUAGGAAUUGUCUUCAUGCUGCAAACCAGUAUAUUUGUCAGCCUUCUUCGAGGGGUUCUACGCAGUGGAGUUUUAUACUUCCUUCGAGAUCCAGCAGAUCCUAAUUAUAAUCCUUUCCGUGAUCUGAUUGAUGAUCCUGUACACAAGCAUGCUCGUAGAGUUCUGUUGUCUAUUGCUGUUUAUGGGAGUUUGAUAGUGAUGUUGGUAUUUUUACCAGUUAAACUUGCAAUGCAAAUGGGUCCCUCCAUUUUUCCGAUAGAAAUUUUUGUGUCUGAUCCAUUUACUGAAUUUCCUGCUGACAUACUUCUCUUUCAAAUAUUCAUUCCUUUUGCUAUUGAGCAUCUUAAGUCGCGGUGUGCCGUCAAAUCUCUUUUGCGCUAUUGGUUUAUUGCCAUUGGCUGGGCACUUGGUUUAUCUGAGUUUUUACUCCCAAAACCAGAGGACAAUGGUGGUCAGGAAAAUGCAAAUCGGAAUCCACGGAGAGGACAUGCACGUUUUGGUGCAGAGGAACGAGCAAUAUUACUAGCCACACGUGCUGUACUAGAUGGCACCGAGGAGCACGACAAUGAUGAACCAGCUGAUCUAGACAGGUGGAGUUUUGGGCUUCGCAUUGUGGUAUUGUUGUUGGUAGCUUGGAUGACUCUACUUGUUUUCAACUCUGCAUUGAUAGUCGUACCCAUUUCACUUGGGAGAACACUCUUCAAUGCCUUUCCACUUCUUCCAGUAACCCAUGGCAUCAAGUUCAAUGAUUCUUAUGCUUUCAUCAUUGGAAGCUAUGUUAUUUGGACUGUCUUGGCUGGAGCAAAAUAUUUUAUUAACCAUAUUUGGAAAAGGAGAACUAGAGUUUUGCUUGGCGGGAUAUGGAAAUGGUGUGGCAUCAUUCUCAAGAGUUCUGCACUGUUGUCAAUAUGGAUUUUUAUCAUUCCCGUGUUAAUCGGACUGCUAUUUGAACUUCUGGUAAUUGUGCCUAUGCGGGUUCCUGUGGAUGAAAGUCCAGUUUUUCUUUUGUAUCAGGAUUGGGCUCUUGGACUAAUCUUUCUAAAGAUCUGGACAAGAGUGGUUAUGUUGGGCAACAUGAUGCCACUGGUGGAUGAAAGCUGGCGUAUAAAAUUCGAAAGGGUGAGGGAAGAUGGCUUCUUUAGACUGCAAGGUCUUUGGGUGCUGCGUGAGAUUGUUUUCCCAAUCAUUAUGAAGCUGCUUACUUCUUUGUGUGUUCCCUAUGUUUUAGCAAGAGGCGUAUUUCCGUUAUUUGGGUACCCAUUAGUGGUGAACUCAGCUGUCUAUCGAUUUGCUUGGUUGGGAUGCCUUAGCUUUAGUCUGCUGUUCAUCUGUGCCAAGCGGUUUCAUAUCGUGUUCACCAACCUCCACAAUUCGAUGCGCGAUGACCGGUAUUUGAUUGGUCGUAGACUCCACAAUUAUGGGGAGAAUUUAGACGAGAAGCAUGUUGUCCUAGAGGAUCAAAGUUCAAAUGUAAGUGAUAUUGGCAUGAUUCAGCAGAAUCGGGAAGCUGCAGAUGUAGGGAUGAGGCAGAGGCAUAUUGUUCGCCUGGACGCUUAAGAAGUACUAAGUGAGUCGUUGAAUGAGAUUAUGAAACCAGGUCCACAGCUUGUUAUGGCCUUUGAGUUCUAUGAAUAUAACUCGUUGGAGAUUCUUUACAUAGUAGAAAUUAGCGAGAUAUGGUUUGUAGAUAGCAUAUUUAUUUCACUUGGUGCUAUUAACUGAACUAUAACAAAAAUAACUGUAAAUUAUGUUACUAGUGAUUAACUGAUAGUGCAACAAGAUUUCUUACCGUUGUAAUCUUUAUUGGAGCUUGAAAUUCAGUGUCUUGACGAUUGAUACUCA